UUCACAUUGCGAUUUUCUGAGAUGAGAUUGAAAAAGUCAAGCCGGUUCCUCGUGUUAUUUUUUAAUGAAAAUUCAAUGUCAUUUUCAUAACAAAAUUAUAAACGAUAGUGAGGAAAAGUGUACAUUAAAUAUAGUAUUUUUUUUGUAUUUGAAAUUAUUAGACCACAGCAAUUUGGCUGACUUUAAAACAAAUGAAGAUGUCAAAAUUUUGAAGUUUUCAAUAUUUUCAUAAAAAAUAUUCGCAAAUAUUAAUUUCAUACACAAACAUUAAUAAUACCCCACAUUUCUUAGUUUUCCGGUACCAGUACCGUUUAAUUGAUACUUUUUGUAUAAGUUCAUAUGUUAUAUAAAUAUUAAUUAUUCAGUCAACAAUGUUAAGAAUUCGUCAGAUAUCUAAAGUAUUGGCUGUAGCCCCACUGAAAUUUACUUCUAUAAGUCAUCUAGCACAUUCACCAUUCAAGGGAAUCCUAACAAGAGCAAGCCUGUGUAGUAGUAUAAGAAGUUAUUCAAGCAAAAAUGAUGAUUCUAAAGAUGAUCCCAAAAAGAAGGUAUGUGAAAAACCUGAAGAAAGUAUCAAGUCCCAUCCUUCUCCUGCUAAGCCUCCAGAAAAAGAUGCAAAGCCAUCAGGGCUAAGAUUAAAAGAAUGCCGUGCAGUUGAUAUAAACCCAUGUAAACCUACCCCUACUUCGAGAAUACCUUCAAUCAAAGAUUGUAAGCAUCCUAAUUUAAUGAGUGAGAUACCUGAACCAAAAUGUGACUGGAAGGAAAAAGAUAAGGCUGCAAGGGCUAGAAACAAAAGGCUGUUAAUCUUUGGAUUAUUACUAACUGCACUUACAAUAGGAGUAAUAUUUUGGCUUAAUCCAAUGCACUUGGAGGAAAUAGUGCAUGAAAAAGUUGAAAAGAAAGAGAAAAAAAAGAGAAAACUUAUAAAAAGCCCCCUACAUUCAAAAGAUAUACCCAAAGAUGUGCCUUAUUUGUUAAUCGGAGGAGGAACAGCCUCUUUUACAGCAUUUCGUGCCAUUAAAUCCGCAGAUCCUACUGCAAAGGUACUGAUAAUUUCUAGUGAAUAUUUUUUCCCUUAUAUGCGACCACCAUUAUCAAAAGAGAUAUGGUUCAAUGAUAAUAAGGAAUCUGUGGAAAAGUUGAAUUUCAAACAGUGGAAUGGUUCAGAAAGAAGUUUGAUGUACGAGCCAGAAGAUUUCUACAUAGAUUGCAAAGAGUUAAUGUCAAAUCCAAACGGUGGAGUAGCUGUUGCCAGAGGUUGGAGUAUAAAUAAACUGGAUAUCGUUGAAAGAAUUGCUUAUCUGGAAGAUGGUUCAGAAAUAAGAUAUAACAAGUGUCUCGUUGCAACAGGUGCUAAACCGAAGAUUCCGCCAGUAUUUAAGGCAGCCCAAGAGGACGAAAAGUUGAAAGAUUUGAUAAUGACUUACAGGGAUAUCUUAGACUUCGAAGAAUGUAGCGAGCUGUUUGAGCACUCACAGGCUGUAGCCAUCAUUGGAGGUGGAUUUUUGGGUAGCGAGUUGGCGUGUGCCAUGGCAAGGAAAGCUUCAAAAGAUACAAAAGAUCCUAGAAAGAUAUAUCAACUUUUUAAAGAGGGUGGAAAUAUGGGUAAAAUAUUACCGGAAUAUCUUUCUCUUUGGACGACUGAGAAAGUAAAAGGUGAAGGUGUGCGGGUGCGACAUCAUACAGAAGUAAUAGGCGUGAAAAGUGACGGAAAGAAAGGACUGAUUUUAACAUUAAACGAUAAUUCAACUUUGCAUGUUGAUUGUGCUAUCGUUGCAAUGGGGGUCGAGCCAAAUACUGAUCUAGCCGAAGAAUCUGACUUGGAGGUUGAUCCGGAAUUAGGUGGAUUUUUAGUUAAUACAGAAUUACAAGCAAGAAGCGAUGUUUACAUUGCUGGCGAUUGUGCUUGCUUCUACGAUACAAAACUAGGGAGACGACGUUUCGAACACCACGACCACGCAGUGGUCACAGGACGACUAGCAGGCGAAAAUAUGACCGGAGGUCGAAAGCCUUACUUACACCAGAGCAUGUUCUGGUCAGAUCUGGGACCAGAUGUAGGAUACGAAGCGAUCGGUAUUGUUGAUUCGGCUCUUCCUACAGUAGCGGUAUUUGCCAAAGCCACCGACAAAGAUAAUCCUAGGGCGGUAGUUACUGCUACCGAUGAGGGAAUUAGAUCUAAAACGGAAGAGGUACCAGAAGAAUGCAAUAAAUACCUAUCGGAAGAACAGAAAAAAGAACUGGAAGAAAAAAGACGAUCUCAUAAUUCGCCGAACGUUGCCGAAGGUGAAGAUUUCGGCAAGGGAAUUAUCUUUUAUUUAAGAGACGAUAUCGUAGUGGGUAUAGUUCUGUGGAAUGUUUUUAACAGAAUGAACAUAGCGCGGCAGGUGCUCAUGGAUCAGAAGAAAUAUGAAGACCUCAAUGAGGUAGCCAAAUUAUUCAAUAUUCACGAGGAAAGUGUGAGUUCGGAAAGUUCGGAAGACUCGGAAAAAUCUGAAAAUUCAGAAAAUUCGAAAAACUCUAACAAUUCGAAAAAAUCGGAAAAUUCGAACAACUCUGAAAAUUCUAAAAAUUCGAAAAAAUCAGAAAAUUAAACCGUGUUGUAACGUGCGAAUAGAAAAAUCUCGUUUUUAGUACAAAUAUAAAUAUCUAGAAAUGAUUGACUAUGUAGUUACAUUUUUUAUAUUACUUCAAAUACAUAUUCGUUCAAAUUUUUUACAACCGUUCAAUUUUUAUGAGACUUAUGUGUCGGACUUUUCUGUCAUGUACAACGGGGCAACAAUUUUGAAUGGGGUCAAAUAUUUCUAGAUUAUAAUAUAUUUUUACGACCGGUAUCCAGGAGUUAGUAAGAACUUAUUAAACGCAUUUUUACCUACAGAAUUCCUAUCCUUCUUCUCCAUCAAACUCCAAUCCUAUUGUAUUAUAUUUAUUAGUUUCUGAUACAUUUUUUGAGAUUUGUAAUUUUUAAAAAGUACUGGUGCAACUGCAUUUUGUUUCGUUAAUAAAGUAUAUAAAGUGUU